GUGCUGCUGUUAACAAAACUUCAGAAAUAGGCGUCAUCUAAACAGCUGCUUGAGCAGAAAUCAUGGAACAAAUAUAUAUAAUUAUCAUAGUCGUUCUAGUUUGUCUGGUGUUAGUACUGACUGCAUUUAUUUGUGUUGGUCGCGCCAGGUGUUGUCAAGGGCAUCAGAAAAGGACAGUUGUUUAUGAGCCAUUAGAUAGUGUGAGGACUGAGGAAAACUCGGGCAACAUAUAUGCAGAGCAAAGCCUAGAGACAAAAAACGAAAUCAACAAACAGUGUAACAAAGAAUAUGGUUUUGUCUGCGAGUAUUGUGGGAGAGAUUUUAGGCGAAAGUGUGUUCUUACUGACCAUCAGAGGGAUACAGACUUUGCAAACUGUAGAUUUGAAAAGUACAAACAAGUGCGGCAGGGAGACAAUGCAAGAAACUCCGUUAAAGAGAGAUGUGAGCAAGCUGCAUUGUACAUGGAUAAUUAUCAUAAGUCCAGAGAUACGGUCAUUGAGGUCCUGACCAAAAUGCUCGGACACAGCAGCAAUGGUGGCCGUUUCUCUGAAAGGCCCGAUAGAGAAGGCUCCACAAAGACGGGACUCAAGACAAGAAAAGCGGUCGAAUUCGACUUCAGUGUAGAGAUACUGCUACAUGAAAACCCGGACGUCGUAUCUGGUAACGAAAAUAAUUAUGGCAUUGAUGACACGGCAAGUACCUUAUUUUGCAGAUCCAACCGAAACUUUUCAAGACCUGAUAAUAUUCCACCCGGUUCUGCACAAGUAAGGCUUAAGCCGAGAGACAUCAAACGAUUUAAAGAGUGCUGCAGACAUGGGGUAUUGUCACCAUACGAGUUAAGGGAAGUCUUCCACAGAUACAUAAAUAGUGUACAAAAUACAGGAAUAAAUGGUGUGAAUGUAAUUGUCUGCAAGGAGGCAAAUGGCCCAGCCGUAAGGCUUAUCGUUGGUCACUUGGAUAUCCCACAUAAAAUCGACGUCGAUUUAACACCAAAGAUAGUUUUACCUUCCAUGCAUGAAAUUCACGGACUUGAUUGGCCUCGAAACGAAACACGCCGAUUCCUAACGGCAUAUCAAAUGAAUAAUGUAAAAAAACAGCCGCUUUAUCUUGUUCCAAAGAAGAAGAAAUACUGGUCAGUAUCGUUUGCGAAUUAUGAAAAUGCGGUCCUUAACAUGUUUUCAAAUACUUCCACUGAAAAGAACAUUCUACGCUGUAUGAAAGUGAGGCUAGAAGCAUGGCGGACUCAGUCGUCGGCAGAGAUGAAGCCGAUAAGCUCUUACAUUUUAAAGGUAGUGUUUUUCUGGUUGAGGGAGAAUUUGCCGGAAGACAACCUUUGGACGCCUGACAAGUGUGCAGACAGGUACUGCAAUUUCCUGGAGGAGUUAAAGUUUCGUUUUAGGUACAAACAUCUGUUUGAUUACAUCUUUCCUGCCAUUGACCACAUGAAAGGUAAAGAAAACUCCUGUACCACGAUGAUUGAAUAUCUUGACCAAGAAUUAGAGUGGAUACAAGCAAAGGCAUAACUGGACAUAAAUAUAUAGCAGGUAAAACGGACAUAAAUACAAGGGAAUGCUUUAAAACUGGACAUAAAUAUACAUUGGAUAUAAGUAAAUGCUGAGCUGGAUAUAAAUGUACAGUGGAUACAAAUAAAUGCUGAGCUGGAUAUAAAUGUACAGUGGAUACAAAUAAAUGCUGAGCUGGAUAUAAAUGUACAGUGGGUACAAGUAAAUGCUGAACUGGAUAUAAAUGUACAUUGGGUACAAGUAAAUGCUGAACUGGAUAUAAAUAUACAUUGGGUACAAGUAAAUGCUGAGCUGGAUAUAAAUGUACAGUGGGUACAAGUAAAUGCUGAACUGGAUAUAAAUGUACAUUGGGUACAAGUAAAUGCUGAACUGGAUAUAAAUGUACAGUGGAUAAAAUGCAUAACUGAACAUAACUAUGCUGCAGAUACAAAAAAAAACAUGCUUAAAUGAACAUGAAUGAAAAUAUAUAGUUGGUACAAGGAAAUGCUUAGAAAUAUGUAGUGGGUACAAACAAGUGCUUAAAUGAACAUGUAUGUAAUUAUAUAGUGGGUACAAGCAAGUCCUUAAAUGGACAUACAUGUGGACACACAUAUAGUGGGUACAAGUAAGUGCUUAAAUGGACAUACAUGUAAAUAUAUAGCGAAUACAAUCAUAUGCUUGGCCGUACAUAAAUAUGCAAUGGAUACAAACAAAUGCUUAACUGUCAGAAAUGAUUCCCGCUUUAUAACUCUAUAAAGGAAUGAGAUAUUGCGAUAAUACUUGGUACGAAUCUAGUUUACAAAAAGACUUGGUCUUUCAAUUGUAACUAUUAUGUUCUAUUUCAACAAAAUAGGGCCCAAUUUUACUAUAUGUCUUGGAAUAUAGGUAGAUGGCGAUUGGCAUAUCCAGUAGCACAGAUAAACUUCCGGGACAUAUGACCAUUUGUGGCGAGUUCUGCAAUCGCUCGAACUAAAGCAACUACCUAGACCUCAUAAAAAAGGUCAACAAUUUAUAGAUAUUACUAAACUGGCAUAUCAUAGAUAUACUACUGAUAGGGUUCAUCAUAAGUGUUUUGAGACCACCCUUUUUGGAAGUUUAAGCCUCAUAGAUCACUAUUUGUAGUUUCAUACUGAAUUGAUCAGAGGAAGUAUGAAAUAUUUUAUACAAAGGUAAGCUUCUUUUGGAACAUAUAUUUUGUCUAAUUGUCACAUGUACUUUUGACUGUCAACAUUACAUUUUGUAGAAAAUAUCAAACUUCUUUUUCAAAAGUAUUUUUCUGUCGGUACUCCCAGUAAUGAAACAAGGUUAACUUAUACAUUUUCUUAAACAUAGCAGUAUUAUGUUAUUUUGACUUGCAUUUUUUUUUUUUUUUUUUUUUUUUUUUUUGAAUUUACAUGUUUUGCAACAUUUUCAACACUGAGACUACAUUGAGAAAUAUGUUAAACACAUAAUGGAUAAUGUCAAAAAUUAUUCAAAUUGAAAAAGAAGUUUGAUGUUUUCUGCAAAAUAGAAUGUAGAGUGACACAAGCUGUUAUUCCAAACAGAACAAAUUAUCUUGAAAUACACUUCUACUUGGAAUCUAUGUUAUAAAAACACAAAAACCAAUGAAAUGUAAAAACAUAAAACAAAAAUUCACCCGUGGGUUGGUUUAAAAACCUUUACAGAACCUUUCGGGUUAUCCAAAGCAACAAAAGCCCUAGUUAUUGUGAUAGAUAUUAAAAUGGCCGAUCAUGAAGAUGAUUUGGUAGAUGAAGAAAAUUGCUAGAAAUAAGAAGAGAGGUAAUGGUGAAUAUUUGACAAGACGUUAAAAAUAAGAUACUAGGAGGAACAUUUGACUAUGUAGA